AAGCCUCCGGACCCCAAACCCUGCCUGUGAGCUUCUUCUUCUCACACGAGCUGCAGAAAACUGGGAAAGGAAGAGGAAGUUUAAGCGGAAUAAGCAGCGAAGAGCCUAAUUUGUGGUUCUUUUUUCUUCUGGUGGCCCGGUAUUCCUUGUAAAGCCAGGAAAAAUUGCUUGGUGUAGCUGUAUUGGAGAGAAGGCUGGGGAGGAGGUGAAGCUGCGGGAUACGAUGACUGAGAAAGAUUCGGUGACGGAGAACAUAAUAUCAGAUGCCAUGGCAAAUCCAUCUCCUGCCAAGAGCAUGGGUGACCCUGGAAUCACUCCACUGUCUCCCUCACACACCCAGCAAAAUAACACGGACCAGGUACCUUCAGGACCAUCCUUCGUGGUCGUGGUCGCCAUUGACUUUGGCACCACGUCCAGCGGCUACGCCUACGCCUUCACUAAGGAGCCCGAGUGCAUUCACACCAUGAGGCGCUGGGAAGGCGGGGACCCUGGCGUGUCCAAUCAGAAGACUCCUACUACCAUCCUGCUGACUCCAGAUAGAAAGUUCCACAGUUUUGGCUAUGCAGCACGUGAUUUCUACCAUGACCUGGACCCCAGCGAGUCCAAACAAUGGCUGUACCUGGAGAAAUUCAAAAUGAAACUCCACACCACUGCGAAUCUGUCCAUUGACACAGAUCUCCACGCAGCCAAUGGAAAGAGAGUGAAAGCUCUGGAUAUCUUUGCGUACGCCCUUGCCUUCUUUAAGGAGCAAGCACUAAAGGAGCUGAGUGACCAGACAGGCAGUGAGUUUGACAACAACGAUGUGAGAUGGGUGAUCACUGUGCCCGCCAUCUGGAAAAUGCCCGCCAAGCAGUUCAUGAGGGAGGCUGCUUAUAAGUCUGGUCUGGUUUCUCGUGAAAACCCGGAGCAGCUGAUCAUCGCCUUGGAGCCCGAGGCAGCUUCAAUCUAUUGCCGUAAACUCCGCCUCCACCAGAUGAUCGACCUCGGCAGCCGGACCACCCAGAACGGCUUCAGCCCCACUGACAAUGUAGGGUCCACCAUGACCCAGGCUUCCCCAGGUCAUGCUAAGGAGCAUGUUCGGCGCAACCGGCAGAGUCGCACCUUUUUGGUGGAAAAUGUCGUAGGGGAACUUUGGUCGGAGCUGGAAGAAGGCGACCGUUACGUGGUGGUUGACUGCGGUGGAGGAACGGUGGACCUCACUGUCCAUCAGAUCCGUCUUCCAGAGGGUCAUCUGAAGGAGCUCUACAAGGCUUCAGGCGGUCCCUAUGGCUCUAUCGGGAUUGACUAUGAAUUUGAGAAGCUCCUGUGUAAGAUCUUCGGACAGGAUUUCAUUGACCAGUUCAAGAUCAAAAGGCCGGCUGCUUGGGUGGACCUGAUGAUUGCAUUUGAGUCACGGAAGAGGGCAGCGGCCCCUGACAGGACCAACCCCCUCAAUAUUAACCUGCCCUUCUCCUUCAUUGACUACUACAAGAAGUUCAGGGGCCACAGUGUUGAGCAUGCCUUGCGCAAGAGCAAUGUGGAUUUUGUGAAGUGGUCCUCCCAGGGGAUGCUGAGGAUGAAUCCAGAUGCCAUGAAUGCCCUCUUCAAGCCCACCAUAGAUCACAUCAUUCAGCAUCUCACUGAGCUGUUUGAGAAGCCGGAGGUAAGCGAUAUUAAGUUCCUGUUCCUGGUUGGGGGGUUUGCUGAGUCGCCCCUGCUGCAGCAGGCAGUCCAGAACAUGCUUCAGGGUCGCAGCCGCAUCAUCAUCCCCCAUGAUGUGGGCCUCACCAUCCUGAAGGGUGCUGUGCUGUUCGGCCUGGACCCUGGUGUCAUCAAAGUCCGCCGCUCACCCCUCACCUACGGCGUGGGCGUGCUCAACCGCUUUGUGGAGGGUAAGCACCCUCCAGAGAAGCUGUUGGUGAAGGAUGGCACGCGCUGGUGCACCGAUGUCUUUGACACCUUCAUAGCAGCCGACCAGUCGGUGGCGCUGGGCGAGCUGGUGAAGCGGAGCUACACUCCUGCCAAACCAUCGCAGCAGGUUAUCGUCAUCCACGUCUACUGCUCCGAAAGCGAGAGCGUGGGAUUCAUCAGCGAGCCUGGCGUCAGGAAGUGCGGGACACUCCGUCUGGAUGUGAGCGGAACGGAAAGCACGGCACCGCGCCGUGAGAUCCAGACGCUCAUGCAGUUCGGCGACACGGAGAUUCGCGCCAUGGCGGUGGAUGUGGCUACGGCACGCACCGUCAAAGCUAGCAUUGACUUCCUCAGCCAUUAGACAGGCAGUGAGAGAGCUGAUGUUAGGGAAUCGUGUGACCAGAUGGAAAUGGAAACUUAUCAGCUUACACAUUUACACACACACACAAAAUGAGCCAGGGAUAUUUACUGGAAAAUGGUUGAAGGUAAUGAUUCUCAAGGCUUGGGACGGUUUCUAUGUUAGCAUGAAACUUAAACUAGCACCCAGACUGACUUUCCAGUGUAGUCUCUAUGUUAUGACGGAGAAACAAAGUGAUUUGGAUAAUUUCUCCUCUUCAGCUUGUUCUAGGUCAGCCUUUCACCAUGUCCAAGUUGUUUGUGUGCUAAGAUGCUCCAUUGUAUUGAUGCACAAAGAGCAGACAGAUAUUCCCCAUGUAAAUUCACUGUAAGGACCAGCUCCACUAUGGUUCAGCAAUGGUUGUGUAUUUUAACUGUAAGGUAGCCUGAUGCUGUAGUGGAUACUGGGGCACUCUGCCUUGUCUAACACAGUUGUAUGACACAGUGCUCUGAUAACCUCGGCAUCCUCUCAAACUUUGACUCACAGCACACUGUUUUCAUCAGUGGUUACACCAAGACAUGAUAGCUUUAGAACAGCACUACCCUGGGCUUCCAUAAACUACAUUCAUCUACUCUUCAUUUCAUGAGGCCAGAGCUUUGUUGAGUCAGGUUUGAGGGCUCCAGAUGAGAAAGAUGAAGGAAAACCAAUGGAUAUUCACUAAAAUAUAAUACUUGAUCAUUUCUCAGCUGUAACGAAUUGCAGGACAGCUUAUGAAAUCUGUAUUUAUCUCUACGCAUUCCAGAGAAAAGGCAUGAGAUGCCAGCGGAAGGAGACAUACUAUAUUAACAUACAAUCAUGGUGCAUUCAGACUACAUCCUUUAACACUUGAACUCCAUUAAUUAUUGGGUCAAAUUUCAGCAGAUCAUCCAAUAUUAUUGAUGGUAUCUGAUUUAUGCAAUGGCUAUGGGAUUAAUAAAAUGUCAUAAUUUGAAAAUGAAAAAAAGGUUUUGCAAGGUUGAACCUAGGUUUUGAAGGCUUGCAUAAUGUUUUGAUUGGCUGAGAAAAUAUUCUCCAUCUCUAAACAUCAUUUUGUACUUGAGUUUCUGUUUUUCACAUUUGCAGUGCUCUUUUUAAAGUGUUUCUUCAAUACAUUUUGAGAGUUUCAAGUUUGUCACGGUUCUCCUGGCACAGCGGUUUGUUCUCCAGGUUUGAAACCUUGGAAAAGCUGAUCUGAAAACAAGUGUGUAUAUGGCGGGAAGAAAAAUUUGAAAGGUUGAAACUUGGGUUUCAAAAGGAUGGAUCUUUAUUUUGAAUCCUUGCAGAUGUACAUUUGCACUCAUAGUGCAGACUGUUCCUCCAGAGCUGAAACCCACUUUUCAGAGAUCUGCUCACACAGUUUCAAGCUUGCAAGUCAUAUGAUUUCUGGCAGGGUUGUCUUGCAGCUCUGAUCUGAAACAGACAGAAAAAAAGUUAGCAGAGAGCAAACAAUAGGUUAAGAGCAAAUGCCCCUGCCUCCAGGGUCUUGGCUUUUUUUCCAGACUGCCUGUUUCAGACCAGAGCUGUGAGACAACUGUGCCACCAAUCACAUAACUUGCAAACGUGUCACUGUGUAGGCAGAUCUCUGAAAAGUGGAUGUUGUAAACUCAGCUCUGAAAGAACAGUCUGCACUACGAGUGCAAAUGUACAUCUGCAGAGAUAUCACGUGAGGAUUUGCCCUUUCAAAGCUCAAGUUUCAAUCUUUCAAAACUUUCCUCCCCACAUAUGUGCACCAGUUUUCAGAUCACAGUUUCCAAGGUUUCAAACCUGGUGAACAAACAAAUGCACCAAGACAAGAGUGACAAAUUUGAACCUUUGAAAAUGUGUUGCAGAAACACUGUAAAAGAGUGCUGCAGUUGUGAAGAACAGUAACUCAAGUACAAAAUCAUGUUUGCAGAGAUCUGAAAUGUUUUUUUCUGCCAAUCACAAUAUUGUGCAAGCCUCCUAAACCUAGUUUCAAUCUUGCAAAACUUUUUUUUGUAUUAGAUUUAAAGCUUUUAAGCGCUGAGUUUUCAAAAGUUUUUUUUUUUUUUCAGUUUCAAAUUAUGAUAUUUUAUUUAACCCAUACUAUGGUUGGAUGCUAGAUGUGGUAUACUGUGCACUACAAAACCUUUUUGUGCGAUUAAAAAAAGAAAGUAUAAAAAGAGGUCAGAGUGACACACACAGUUUCAAGGUUAGUUAGCAAGUCUUAAUAUGACUUCUCUCACAAAAUUAUAUACACGUCCACUUCAGUACAGGUCAAGAUGUUCCAUAGUGAAUUAUGAAUCCGAGAAUGUGAACGUUUCAUAAUAAAGCAGAGCUGAAUGUGCUGCUUGAAUCUUAAAAGCAAGUAUAGCCAUCAAAUGUGCUUAAUUGUUGCCUUUAUUCAUUUAUGCUUCUUAUAAAAACCACGGACAAAAAGCCACUGAGUUUUCCCACUUGAAUAUUCUGAAUCCAGGUGAUGUGCUGUGCAGAAACAAAAGUGCAGGCCAUUUCAGACAGAAGAAAUAAUGAAAAUAUGUUUAUUUCUGUAAAUACAGUAUUUAAAUAUUGUACAGAUUUUUAGCGUUAUUAUUUCUGCAGCUUUAGAGCCGAAAGUAUGCGUGCAUCUGUGGGUGUGGGUGUGGGUGUGGGUGCGCUUUCACGUGGACAUCUUUCUCCUUUUUUUUUUUUUUUUGUCCUCACCAGCCAUAGCAUGAGAGGCCAAGGCAGGUUUGAUUGUUGUGUUCAAUCACAGUGAGUGUUUGGAUGUGUCGCUUUGCUUUGCAAUUCAUGAGAAAAGACACUUGAAUACCUCCGUCCUUAAAAAGCAUUUCGACAAAAAUGUCUGUCAACUAUCAAUUUGAUUAGAAUUUGGAGUAGUAAUUUUUUUUUUGUUUGUUUGUUUUUUGUUAUUUUUUUUAACAGAGUAAAAUUUUAAUGUCCAAUUGCCUUUAAAAAUAUCUAUCCUGCAAUACAAAUUCUAUAGCCAUUACAACUGAUUAACUAGCCCGAGCUUACCUGUUUUCCAAAGACACUAAUAUGUUUUGGCACUGCUGCUGAAAACUUUAGGUACUUAACUGACUG